UUCUGGGUUUCUUGAGUUUUCCACUCAAUCUCAUUCUCCGCCAUUUUCUUGAUCGCAACACUAUACUCUGUGAUCUGAAAAUCUUUUCUUUUUCGUUUUCCGUCAAAAUCUCGCUGGAUUCUUGUUCGAUUUGGGAUCAUUCUCGAUAAACAUAAUUUCUGGGUUUUUUCCCCGAGAGAUUCUCCGAUUCUUUCAUGCAAUAAUUUCAAGAAAUGUCGGCUUCAUCAUCAUCCUCGGGACGUCCCAUUCAGACCCACUCAAUGGUGUCUGCCCACGAAACCUUCCAAAGACAUGUGGCCGAGCAGUUCAGCUCCUUGCAGGCCACGAGUCCCGACGAGCUUCUCACCAUUCCCUGGAUUCAUAAACUGAUCGGUGUGUUCUUGUCUUGCCAGAACGAGUUCAGGUCCAUUCUGCAGAACAAUCAAGAGUUCUUGAACAGGCCCCCCAUGGAGAGAUUCGUUUCGGCCUAUUACGAGAGAUGCGUCAAGGGUUUGGAUGUGUGCAAUGUGAUCAGAGAAGGGAUUGAGAGAAUCAGGCAGUGGCUCAGGCUUCUUGAGAUUGUCAUGUCUGCCAUGGACAACAUCAUUUACAUGGAAUCCCAUUUUCGCCGUGCCAAGAGGGCUUUGGUCGAUUUGGCUAUCUGUAUGCUCGAUAAUAAUGGGUCUUCUUCUUCUUCUUCGUCUGUUUCGCGCAAGAAUCGAUCUUUUGGCCGAACCAGAAAUACCCAGACUGAUCAACAGGGGACCCACACCCGCCAGUUCAGAUCCCUCUCUUGGAGUGUCUCCCAGAAUUGGUCUGCUGUCAAGCAGCUUCAGUCAUUUGGAAACAGUUUGUCCACUCCCAGGAGUUCUGAAGUCACUUCGUCCGGAGGACUGGCCACCAUUGUUUACACAAUGAGCUAUGUGCUUUACUUUCUGAUGUGGGCUCUUGUGGCUGCAAUCCCAUGUCAAGACCGCGGCCUGCAGACAAACUUCUACCUGUCAAGUACAUUCCUUUGGUCAGCUCCCUUGCUGGCCUUGCGCGAGAGGAUUCUCCAGGAGUCGAAGAAGAAGGAGCGCAAGAACUGUUGUGGGCUGUUGAAGGAGAUUUACACGCUUGAAAUUCGCGCGCGCAGCUUGAACCAACUGCUGGAUACCACUCCAUUCCCAUUGUCUGGGAUUACCUAUACGGAAGUGAAAAAGGGAGCAGAAGAGCUUAAAGAAGUGUGUGAUUCACUCAAGGAGGAGUUGAACCCGUUGGAGCGCCGAGUGAAGGAAGCAUUCCACGCCAUUGUUCGCUGCAGGGUCGAAGGCCUUCACUCCAUUGCCAUGGCACAAGCUAGUCGCCCUACAUGAUGAUGUUCGUAAUUCAAAUGAAGCUUGCAGAUAGGAGAAGAGUUUUUUUUCUUCAUUUUUCCCAAUACAGAUAGUUGCCAAGG